CAGGAAAUUCUGUUUCAUGAAUUGUGACAAGCAAAUCCAGCGCCGUCACCCUGAGAAGUGAGGUGACUAUAUUAAGAAAUAAUGGAGCUUCCAUGUUUGCCCCUGAAAAGUAUGCUGAACCACCAAAGCUCUACGUAGACCUCUUCCUCCUAAAAUUCUACCUGCAGUCAGUGGAAAACGGCCAAACCCAAUCCAAGAGACAGGAAUUCCUCAUUUCUACACAGAAAACCAGCCAGAGAUCUCACUGGUACAAAGAUCAAAUCAUGAAAACAUUAUAUCCAAUUAUGCUGUGGAAAAGAAGGACCCACUCAUUGAAACAGAUUGGAUCCUUGACCAGCAAGCCCCUACACCGGCUGCAAGUAGAUUACAGAGUGAUGAUUAUCCAUUACACUGGGACAACAUGUGCAUAUUGAGCCGUAACCAGGGGCCACACAAGUAUGCUAUCUCUGAGCAAACACAAGAUGUAGACUUAAUGCACACUGGACCUGCAGACUUCCCAUCAAAGAGACACCACAAACAGCGAGUAGUAAAUGUUCUGUCAGAUGAGAAGGAAAGUCCUCCCUCUCAACUUCCGAUUCCAGAAUUUACCUUUAAUGACAUUAUUGCAAAAUCAGGUACAGGAUAUCUGCAGACAGGAAAUGUGAGUGAUUUGUUAAGGAAGCAAACAGUCUCCAAAUUGCACUACAGGAUCAUGGAAGACAACAUUGCAAGGUCACAGCAGAAAACACAAGAAAAGGUUCACAGCAUGGUAUUGUCAUCUCAUAACCUACCUGAGAUAGCCAAACGAAUCCCACCACGGCUGCAGCUUGCUCUUGAACAGCAGCGUGCAAUGGUAAAAGAGGAAGAAGGCAAAAGUAUGAGAGAAGAUUCCAUUAAUCAGUUCUUUAGAUCACAGAAGUUGCAGAAUUCUCAAACAUUAUAUGAUGAGCAUAGUAAAAUCUUAGCAACUCACUGUGAUCUUGCAAUGCUGGAGUGCCUUGUAAAUGGAGGACAUGCUUUAAGUCUAAAGGCAUACUUUAUAUCCAAGCUUCCAGACUUGACACCUUUGUAUAAUUCUUUAUUUUACCUCAACCUUUCCUUUAAUGAGUUUUGGCAGUUCCCUACAGAGGUGUACAAUCUUGAACAUUUGGAAUCACUUAAACUAAGAAACAACCCAAUCAAGGAGAUCCCAUACGGUAUCCACAAGCUGAAGAAGCUCCGAACUUUUACUGUAUCCUUUUGCUCAUUGACAUCUCUUCCUGCUGGGUUGUUUCUAUUGCCAAAUCUGCAGGUGCUGGAUGUGUCCUAUAAUAACAUUACUACGAUUCCCAAUGACAUAGCUAAUCUCAGGGCACUGGAGUUCUUGAAUGUGGAAGGAAAUAGCUUGCCGGCCUUACCCUGUGGAGCACUGAAGCUGAAGUUAAAACACCUUCGUGUGGGGAAUAAUCGGAUGCACCCUCUGUUCUGGAGAGAAACCACCCACAUUCAGCCACAACGUCUGCUGGACUUAGCAGCCAUGUCCUUUGUCAAAAAGAACACGUUUCCCUAUUCUGCAGCUAUUCCUAAUGAAGCGAAACACAUACUACAGAACUUGACGGUCUGCGACUGUUGUCAGGGAGUUUUAUCAGGGGAAGGACUUCGUUUCAUCAGACCCUGUGAGAAAAUUUUUGGGAUCCGCAAGCUGCCGUUUAUGUUUCACGCAUGCUCACCCUCUUGUUACAGAAAUUUUAUGAGUCAAACAGAGUCACUUACUCAUCAGCUCUAUGAAAGUUAGCGCACACUCUUUGUAGCCGAAAUUACAGAUGCACAACGAUAAUUAUGGUGUCAUUUUAUAAAGCAAUACAAAUCAGUGAUCUGCUUACUUCACUUAUCUACUACAGUUCUAGCAGUCGGGAAAUGAAAUGUACGCAGCUGGGAUCCUGACAUCAGCAGAAUACAUGUCGUAUGUGCAUGGAGAUAGCAGAAUACAGGCAGCCAUAAGUGCCAUCUGAAUACAGUCUCUAUAGACAAGACAAUAAAGGCAGAAAUGAUUCAUUAAAGUGAUCCUAAACAUGUUCAACUCAACUGUAUCAUAAUAUCUAAUAAAAAUGACAUGACUGACUUUACAUAGAGUUGGUCACUGGAAAUUAAAAUUCUACAUAAGUAAAUUUGAAACACAUUAUUCCCAAAUUAAUUUUUUUUGCUCCAUUAAACCAUGAUCCAACAUUC